AUGGGACAGGGCGUUGGACAGGGCGUUGGACAGGGCGUGGGACAGGGCGUGGGACAGGGCGUUGGACAGGGCAUGGGACAGGGCAUGGGACAGGGCGUGGGACAGGGCGUUGGACAGGGCGUUGGACAGGGCGUUGGACAGGGCGUUGGACAGGGCGUGGGACAGGGCGUGGGACAGGGCGUUGGACAGGGCACGGGACAGGGCAUGGGACAGGGCGUUGGACAGGGAGUUGGACAGGGCACGGGACAGGGCGUUGGACAGGGCGUUGGACAGGGCACGGGACAGGGCGUUGGACAGGGCGUUGGACAGGGCAUGGGACAGGGCGUUGGACAGGGCGUUGGGCAAGGCGUUGGACAGGGAGUUGGACAGGGCAUGGGACAGGGCGUUGGACAGGGCGUUGGACAGGGCGUUGGACAGGGCAUGGGACUGGGCGUUGGACAGGGCAUGGGACUGGGCGUUGGACAGGGCAUGGGACAGGUCGUUGGACAGGGCAUGGGACAGGGCACGGGACAGGGCAUGGGACAGGGCGUUGGACAGGGCACGGGACAGGGCAUAGGACAGGGCGUUGGACAGGGCAUGGGACAGGGCGUUGGACAGGGAGUUGGACAGGGCGUUGGACAGGGCGUUGGACAGGGCAUGGGACAGGGCGUUGGACAGGGCAUGGGACAGGGCGUGGGACAGGGCGUUGGGCAGGGCAUGGGACAGGGUAUUGGACAGGGCAUGGGACAGGGCGUUGGACAGGGCAUGGGACUGGGCGUUGGACAGGGCAUGGGACUGGGCGUUGGACAGGGCAUGGGACUGGGCGUUGGACAGGGCAUGGGACAGGUCGUUGGACAGGGCAUGGGACAGGGCACGGGACAGGGCAUGGGACAGGGCGUGGGACAGGGCGUUGGGCAGGGCAUGGGACAGGGUAUUGGACAGGGCAUGGGACAGGGCGUUGGACAGGGCACGGGACAGGGCAUGGGACAGGGCGUUGGACAGGGCAUGGGACAGGGCACGGGACAGGGCAUGGGACAGGGCGUUGGACAGGGCAUGGGACAGGGCACGGGACAGGGCAUGGGUCAGGGCGUUGGACAGGGCACGGGACAGGGCAUAGGACAGGGCGUUGGACAGGGCAUGGGACAGGGCGUUGGACAGGGAGUUGGACAGGGCGUUGGACAGGGCGUUGGACAGGGCAUGGGACAGGGCGUUGGACAGGGCAUGGGACAGGGCGUGGGACAGGGCGUUGGACAGGGCAUGGGACAGGGCGUUGGACAGGGCACGGGACAGGGCAUGGGACAGGGCGUUGGACAGGGCACGGGACAGGGCAUGGGAAAGGGCGUUGGACAGGGCAUGGGACAGGGCGUGGGACAGGGCGUGGGACAGGGGCGUGGGACAGGGCAUGGGACAGGGUGUUAA